GGCCGUCUUUUUGAGCGGCAGGCGUUCACACUGGCAAUCAGCUGUUUUUCCUUACAGCAACAACUCAAAAUAAAUAUUAUUCUCGGAGAAAUUGUUUCUUCCCGGAAUUGUUGGCAGAAGUAAAGAGCGAUAAGAUAUACACCCUCGAUCCGAAAAACAUCUGGCUGGCUUUUUUAAUUCUCCGCUGCGGAAUUUAUCGAUUUGUCAAGCAGGCCGCGGCAGUCGGGUCAGAAAAAGGGGAUUCCCAGGUAAACUGUGACCGCAGUCGCUGACCAAAGAUCGCUGCCUAUGAUCAAAACCGGUCAGUGCUACAACGGCGCCAUGUCUGAGGAGGAGUCGUUCGUCAUUCUGGGCAGCUCGCCGUACUCCUCGCUUCUGCCGGAAGGAAACUCCCUGGUCUUCGACGGCCUGGACGACGUUCAGGAGACCAAGGAGCCCCCUGUGGCCGCGACAAGCAUGACUGCCUCGCAGGUGGACUCCGGGUCAUCGCAGCACCAGUCGCUGGCGGCCAGCUUCAUCCUGGGCGAAGUGCAGUCCGAGGUCCUAAAGAACAGUGUUUACUCGCAGUUUCCCAGCCUAUGCUCGCUGCAGGCUUCCGCCGAGGAUGUGGUCAAGCUGCAGAACAUGAUGACGGAGUACAUAACCCUGAAGAACACACUUGACAAGGUCAACCACACCAUGCUGGAGUACCACAAGUUGACCCAACAGUGGCGCCAGGAGGCCGCCGACCGGGAGCAGCAGUACAAGGAGCAGCUGCAGGCGUGCCAGGGGCAGAUCGAGCAGCUUCGCGAGGAGAACCAGAAGUUGAAGGAGGACCUGGAGACCAAGAUGGUUCAGAUCGAGGUGGUGCAGGACUUUAGCCAGAAGGAGCAGGACGAGCUGAGGCAGAGCAUAUCCGAGAAGAAGUCGCUGAUUGACAAUAUGCGCGUGGAGAUCGACAAGCUGCAGCAGCUGAAGAUGCACUCGUUCGAGUUCGUACCUGAGGAGGGAGACAAAACGGAUCAGGAUCCCGACAAGGCCUUGAACUAUGUGCAAAGGGACGAGCACGAUCGCCAAGUGCGCGAGUUGCAGCGCCAGCUCUCUAAGCUGGUGGCGGAGAACCUGGAGAUUAACGACAUGAAAAAGACCUACAUUGAGGAGAUCGACUGUCUGAAGGUCAACUACACCAGUGCCCAGGAGCUGAUGGCCAAAAUGCAGCGUGACAUCGACGAACUGAAGGCCAAGGACGUGCAGAAGCAGGAGGUGAUCGAACAUCUGCAGACCCAGAACGACAUAUACCGCAGGGACUUUGAAAUGGAGCGGGCAGAUCGCGAGAAGAACGCUGGCGAGAAGGAUCAGUAUCUAAUGGACUUGCGGUCGCUGCAGAGGAGGAACCAGGAGCUCAUCGAGGCGCUGGCCGAGUCGCACAAGGCCAAAAAGUCGGCCUCGCCGUCGCCCUCCUCUUCCCUGAGUUCCAGCAGGAGCAGUCUGCGGGAGGAGCAGAGACCAGUAAGAGUUCUCGAGCCAACUGGAGCCGCCUCACGGACUUCGGACGCCACUCUGCGCUGUCCCAUCUGCUCAAAGUCCUUCAACAACUUAAGUGUGCUUCAGAGCCACGUCAACGAUUGUUUGGACAAGAAUUAACCACAAUUACUAACCAUUAUUAUAUUUUUGUAGUCUACAUUGUAUUGUUUAAGCCUAAAGAUUGGCCAACCGGCUAAUUGCACAUUAUAAAAAACACAGAAAAAACACUAAUUACAGUUACGUUAGCAAUGAAA